GGCUACCGCUGCCAGGCUCACGAAUCGAAUGCUGAGAUAACGAUUCGAUCCUGAAGCGCUCUUCUCUCUCGUCUUUCACGGGGCUUCCGCUUUUCCCGAAGGCUUCUUAAUCACCAGCCGAGCAAUGGAUGCCUGAACGUAGGGGAAAUAUGGCGGAGAAGCUCCAGAAAAGUGUAAAAAUUGCUCCUGGAGCUGUUGUAUGUGUGGAAAGUGAAAUCAAGGGAGAUGUGACAAUUGGCCCCAGGACAGUGGUUCAUCCCAAAGCACGGAUUGUCGCGGAAGCGGGACCAAUAGUGAUUGGGGAAGGUAACCUUAUUGAAGAACAGGCAGUGAUCAUAAAUGGCUACCCAGAGAACAUCACACCCGAUACAGAGGAGGUGACACCCAAACCAAUGAUCAUUGGGACCAAUAAUGUGUUUGAAGUUGGCUGUUAUUCGCAAGCAAUGAAAAUAGGAGACAACAAUGUCAUUGAAUCCAAAGCAUUCGUGGGUCAGAACGUGAUCUUGACUAGCGGCUGCAUCAUCGGAGCGUGUUGCAACGUCAACACCUACGAAGUCAUCCCCGAGAACACGGUAAUCUACGGGGCCGACUGCCUUCGCCGAGUGCAGACCGAGAGGCCACAGCCACAAACGUUGCAGUUGGACUUCCUCAUGAAAAUCCUGCCCAACUAUCACCACCUUAAGAAGACCAUGAAAGCAACCUCAACUCCCGUGAAGAGCUGAAGACUUCCUUGCAUGAUUGCCAAAACCACCAUGGGGAUGUUGCCACCCUGCUUUGGGUGGUUCCCGUCUGCAAAAACUGGCUACCUUUUGGCUUACUAGCUCAUUCCAUUGUGCAAUCUAUUUUUUAUUUAUUCCAGUGCUGAAAAAGUAAAUGUUGCCUUUUUGUUUUCCUCUCAA